GUUUCAUCAGCUGCGAAUCAUCCGUUGUGAAGGUUCAUUCCAACUCAUAAUUUUAGUUUGAUUUUGCUACGGACCGCCGGAGAUAAAGCCAAUCAUAUCCGCCCUACUGUUGUCGAGCUGCACUCCCCGGCUGCCCAGCUCCCGAAUCUUUCUCGUUCUCUUUUGACCAACAGCCCGGGCAGAAAGUGUUCGCCAUGGCAACUCCCACCCGCACAUCCAUCUCUUCGACGCCAUACCGGGAAGGGGUCGAGCUCCGAAUUCGAAAGCACGUCCCGCCGGAGCCGUUUGGCGGCGGCUAUAGACCAUGUCCUCGGCGCAAAGUCGGGGUUAACCAAGACGCUACGAGCGUCGACCGUGUUGCCCUCGCCCUGGACAACCCGCCCUUGGAGACGGAGCCCCCGGCCGGAGAGGAGCACACCUUCACCAUUACGGGGUCAAAGACCCUGAGGCGCUUCCACGUCGACGGCGGUGGUGCUCACGUUGUCACUGGCUAUUUCGACCGAGACAAGGACGUCGUCUGUCUGGCCAAAAUCUACGACGGCGUAUACUACCCGUUGGAGAACCAAGACAGCGGCUGGGACUGUAUGACGCUGGCCGACGCCGAUUAUGCCAUCGAGGCUUGGGCUUAUGAAACUAUGCAGCCCGCUGAAGGGGUAGGCGCCAAGCUCGUCCCCGAGUACUAUGGUACUUGGACUUUCGCUGUUGCUACCAACCAACCCGGUCGCCGGCGCUGGGUACGCAUGCUCCUUCUCCAGCUCGUACGCGGCGAAACCGUCCUAGACAAAAUCCGUAAGGCUACUAAGAACGACGCUGUCCAGCACCCCCUAUUGCCCGACCAGGAAACUCGUCUCCGAGUCCUCAAAGAUACCUUCGAGGCCGAGACCUCCAUUUUUUGGAACGCCGAGGUACUCCACGGAGACCUGUCACCGCGCAACGUUAUGGUUCAGCCUGACGGUAGCGUAGUUAUAAUCGAUUUCAACCAAGCCCGCGUUUACCCGUUCUACUAUCGGCCGCACCCAAAGUACGACGAGGGCGCCCAUCCACUCCCCCCCUCACCCAUCAAGCGCUACUGGCCCUUUGCCCCUGGCGCAGGUACCUUCGCAGAUCCGGGGAACCAGUGGGCAAGUUGGGUCCCCCAGAGCUGGCUCGAGAACCCAGAAUUGGCCGCUGAGUGGCUACUGAAAACAUGGGGAAGCCCUACGCCAGGCAAAUAUGCACCCUUGUCCGAUUAUUUCCUCAACCACCCGGCCCAUGCUGAGAGGAGCAAGAAACUACAGGCAGCUUUGGAGAAGCUGGGUCGCAAACCAGCAAAGAAGUAAAUAUAGGCACACCGCUAGUCACAAUGACACAAUAUAUAGAUCACAACCUCUUGUUCGACUGCUUGGAGGAUAGGAGCUAGUUAGUUAUUUGGAGGUGGAGAACCGAUUUCGUUCUUAUCGUGUUCUUCGUCUGUUUUUCCUCACGUCGCUUCCGAGGGCUCUUCUAGCGUCUACUAGGUUGCGGACCGCAAGUGAAUUCGUUAUCACUAGUCAACAAUAUUGGAUGAUCUAGGGACCAGCCAGGAGGAAUGAUUGGUGAUUGAGAUAUAAUUAUUAGGAAUUAGAAGACGUUGGUGGGAUCGGAAGCAGUACGAAGUCUUAG